AUGUCGUGCGUCAACGACGAAAACUUCCUCGCCGUCGCGCUCGUCAUCAACCGCUCCCGCGAUGGGCCGGCCUUUGUCUUCCACUAUCCCUCUCAUGUUCCCGCCCUCACCAACGGGCACGAAAAGUCGGAUGUCAUAGACGUCGAAGACAUCCUCUUUGAGCAGAUUGCACCGCCCUCCGGCGCCGAGAACGGCCCGGAGCCCGCCGAGGACGGGGGUGUCCGAGAUGACCACUACACCACCGAGGCGGGAGUCCAGGUCGUUCCUUGGGAGCACGUAGCAGGCUUUCCGGCCAGGGACCUUGCGUACAUCUUGACCCCGGCCAGGCCCUAUCACAAGAAGAUUUUUCAGCUCUCUCUCGACCCGCUGCUCUGCAUCUCCUAUCCAAUCCACGUGCCUGAGAAUGGGAAGUGGAAGAAGACGAAAAAGGCCAACAAGGAGGUUGACGAUAACAUUGCGCCAGACGAGCCCAAUCCUCCACCUACCAGCAAAACAGACUCCAACCCCGAAAAGACCAAAGAUGGUAAGAGGGACGAGUCAGACGAAGACAAGCGCAGCUCCAUGACCAUGUUCAACCUCGUCUUCUUCUUAGACCCCAAGAGGCACGAGGCCAAGGAGCUCGUCGACUCCUUGUUCUCCAAUAUUGUGAAGAAAGUCAACAAAGCAUAUCAGUACAGCCAGCAGCACAGUGAGUUUGUGUGGAAAGAAUCUAAGCGUAUCUUGGCCGCAAAAGAAAAGGCUCGUGAAGAUAAAAAGAAGAUGAGUGCUCUAUGGAAAGAACUCAUCCAAAAUUCUUCAUUGGCAGCCUCAAUGUGUGAGGUCUACAACGCCAUCUCUCAGAACAGGAUUGCGACAUUGCACCUGGACACUGUGGACGGCAUCCUGACCCCGUCUGUUCAGAUUCCCGUGCCCUUCUUCGUGGCUGAUCUGCCGGCAGAGGACGAUGAGCGCCACCGCGGCCUCUGGCUCACGACAUCAAACGCCUUCCUGAGCCAGGAUGCCCUUGAGGAGCCAGGGUUCUUGGACCGCAACUUUGCCCUCCUGCUCAUGGACGAUGAAAAGAAGAUUAUCGCCGAGCUGCAAAACGACCGCGAUCCCACCACUCUAUCCAUGAUUGAGUUUGUGCGGCUCGCGAAGCCAACCGUGUCCUUUUAUCAAGUCGGCCAAAGCAACAUCCUCACGCUGGAUCAAGUCCGCAAGUAUGCCCAGCACUUCAUUUUCUGGCGCCGCGCCAUCGCCAUCCCGCCUCUACACCCCCGCGACGUCUACAUCGUCUCCCCCAACUGUGACCUGGAGAGGCUGCCCCAGGACGCCCAGGACUGGCAGAGGGCCUUUCCCCUGGCGCCGCCCCUGUCUACCUUCCUCGCCGAGCUGUCUGUGCUGCCGAGGCCGUACAAGCACAUUUCGCCCAGCAAGGCCCAUCGGCCGCUGUACCUCCGCAUGCUGGCCUGGCUGAUGCGCGGCGGCUGGGUGACGCAGCUGUGCACGUUUGCCUACGUCGUCGUGUGGCCGGAGAUACUCUACGAAGUCGACUACGAGAUGGAGGCAGAGGAACUGGGCAUUGCCACGUCUUCUGUCGACGGAGGCGAUGCCACCAGCAUCCACACAACGCAGGAAAACGCCGACGCCCAGUCGACUCACUCAUCACUCGCCUCGCCAACCCAGCCGCAGCAUCCGCCACAACCACCGCACCAGCAGCAGCAGCAACAACAACAACAACAGACGCCUCCAGAUGCCCAUGCCCUAUCUCAGUCUCCCUCCUCCCACGGCCCCAAGCCAUCCACCACCACCACCCUCUCCGCAGCCGAGCACUCGGCCGAAAUGGCCCGCCUCGAGCGCAUCGCCAUCAAAGCCCACCGCGAAGCCGCCGACAAGGCCACCGCCCACGCCCGCAAGACGAGCCCCGUCCCGACACCCAACCCGUCGCUCAACGACGCGCCGCACCUCGCCGGCCUCACGCCGCACAUCAUCCUCGACCCGAAAAAGGCCGCGGGCAAGGAGUCGCGCUACCUGGCCGCCAUUGCGCGGCGCUUCCGCGACGACAAGCUCAGGAGCGGGUGGCAGCUGCUGUGCAAGUACUUUGACGGGCGGUGCGCGCUCGAGCGGAUUGCGCUGCAGGAGGACAUGAAGAGGAAGGAGGCGUGGGCUUUGUUGACGGGCAUGAGGGAGUAUUUGCUCUUGACGAGGCAUUGGUAGUACAGGGGGGGAUGAUGCCCUUUUUGACUUGACGCCGGGCAUUGCUUUGGAUUUUCUCUUGACGGGAUAGUUGGUAGUAGAAAGUGUGAGUGUGGUAAUGUCUUGUGUGACGGAUGGUUUCUACUGGAUCUGAUAAUGGAUGUAACAAACAGGUCUCUCAUGACCUG